UUCCCCUCCAGGAAAAAGGAGUCAGUUGCAGAGUGAAGGAAAACACAAGACUGUGAAAGAAAACAAGAAAAACGUCAAAAGACUCGUCUUGAAGGAGGGAGAGAAACACAAACUGGGCGAGAGGAGGGGCUGCCUCAGGCAUGGGCAAACAGAACAGCAAGCUACGACCGGAGGUGCUGAAUGACCUGCGCGAGAACACAGAGUUCACUGACCACGAGCUCCAGGAGUGGUACAGAGGCUUCCUAAAAGACUGCCCCACGGGCCACCUGACUGUGGAUGAGUUCAAGAAGAUCUAUGCCAACUUUUUCCCGCACGGGGACGCCUCCAAAUUUUCCGAGCACGUCUUCCGCACGUUCGACACCAACGCAGACGGGACGAUAGACUUCAGGGAGUUCAUCAUCGCGCUGAGCGUAACGUCACGAGGCAAGCUGGAGCAGAAGCUCAAGUGGGCCUUCAGCAUGUACGACCUGGAUGGAAAUGGCUACAUCAGCCGCGCGGAGAUGCUGGAGAUCGUACAG